AUGUAUUCCUUAGAAAAAAAGACCGCCGACGGCGUUUUUCCCAGAACCGCUGGCUCCACCACCUUGCCAACAGACCGGGUGAAAGUCGUCUACAAUAAGUUCUCUCCAAAGUCUCCAGUACCAGCUGAUGUCACCAAAGUGAACCUUAUCUUUGCACACGGCUCGGGCAUGAACAAGGGCACCUGGACGUACCAUAUUCAGAAACUUUACGAACAGAGCCAGAGAAACCCAAAAUGGAAAGUGGACAAGGUCAUUGCGGUGGAUUACUUCACUCACGGUGAUUCUGCAGAACUCAACCGAGACAAGAUCGGCUGGACUGCUGAUUGGUGUGACGGAGGAAAGGAUUUGAUUGAGGUGGUGAAGCACGAGAUUGCCACCACGGGCGACUUUAUGCCCGGAGGAUGGUCGAGAAACGUGCUUAUCGGGCAUUCGAUGGGUGGUUUUUCCGUGCUUUGGGCUGGAUUCCUUGAACCACAGCUUUUCGAUUCCGCCAUCUCAAUUGAGCCUGUGAUUCAGUAUGACCAGCUUUUGAACGAGUGGUUUUUCAACAGGAUGAAGAAGGUGGGUAAGUUUAUCGAGAACAAGUACCCCAACUUGGAGGCUGCUCACAAGCAUUUGAAGAAAGAGUCCUUCUACAAUGUCAUGCAAAAGGACGUUCUUGACAACUUUGUCGAUGACGAGUUGGUGCAUGAAAAAGACGGCGUCAGAGUCAAGGCAGACAAGAAGCACCAGAUUGCAACCUACUGUGGAGUGGCCUACUCUGCUGAAAAGGGUAUGGCGAUUUUGAGCCAGUUAGAGGUGCCGUUUUUCCACAUCACCGGUGCAGCUGCCACAUGGACACCCAGAGAGUCUGUGGACUGGAUCAGAGGAGAGGUUCCAGAGCAUCUUCUUGAAGUUGCGGAUAUUCCCAAAGGCGGUCAUUUGGUUCAUGGCGAGCAGCCUCUUGAGCUGAUCAGAUUAUGGAGCUACUUUAUCGACAAGAGAGUCAAGUUUAUUGAAGAGGCCAGAAAGGAAUUUCCCGAGGAGAAGUACGGCAACGAUAGAAAGAAGAUCUUCGACGAGCAGUGGAAGUACAUGGACACUGCCGAUGUGGAAAACCUCUACCACUUCCGUAACGUGAGAGCGAAGCUAUAA